CGCUAAUGAUUUAUAAAUAAACUAAGUGCGCUAAUCAUUAACUGGAUGAGUACUUUUCAGAUAUAACUAGUGUUAUUUUUCAAGAAAGCGUAUUCGCACUGGCGUCUAAUUCAAGCGUAGUUCACAUGGGAGACAACAAGGAAGAAAUUAAAUUUUGUUGUUCGGAGUUACCCUCCCCUUGCACGGCCGCUUUGGAGGUGGCCGAGACGCUAGUGAAGGGCGACUCGUGUGUUGUGUACAACCUGACGGAGGCCGGGGUUCGAAACACGGUGAACCUCACUUUACGGUUUGAUGUUUGCGGGUCUGAAGUGAGAUCAAACACUUACGUCAUAGCAUUACAACAAAAAGAAGACGGGUCUGAGUUAACCUCAGCCACCGCCCAGGUCACAUGGACACGGGUCACUGACUAUGUAGAUCUCAUCUCAGCUGACCGCAGUAGUGUGCUCAACACGACGGAGAUAGCAGUGAAUACAACACGUUACGUAACAGACAUGUGGAUAGACGACCAGAAAAACAACUUCAUCGUUGGUCUGUCAGUAACUACAGCAACUUUUGUCCUUCUGUUUCUCAUCACAACCGUGGCUUACUGCUGUCGAGUUAGACUGAGACUUGGUGUCUACGACAGACGUAACGUCAGCAAUACGGCUAAAAUCUCGGAGUUUGGUGACAAAUGUUUACCAUUAAGACCGUUGAACCCACCUGACGACGAAGUCAACAUCUAUGACGUCAUCCCAGACGACUUCGGGUACCAGAACCAACCCCCAGACCUCAGCGUGGAAGAGAACUUUCGAGAAUUAUCUGAAACAGCGAGAGAAAGUCUGACCUAUCUAUCGACGAGGCGAAGCGGGGGUUACCCCCCGGCGCCCUGGCCAUGCGGGGCACAGGCCCCACCCAGACACACGCCUCUGGAGCUUCAGAUCGAUGAAUAUCUUAUACCUAUCGAUCUCCAAUCAGAUCCACCCAGCGCUGCCAUCACCGAUGUAUACAAUCCACAUUCGAUUGUGGAUGAGCACGAUCCACUAAGCUCCACCAAUAUGGCGGAGGACGCCUCGAUCCAGCACUAUAGUAAAGUCAUCGUGCACACAGGAGAGGUGCAGAGGUCAAAAGGUCAAGGUGACACAGGAGAAAGUGUUGACUCAGAGAACGGUUACAUCACACCUAUUGACGUCACAGUCCCGCUUUUCAUAGACUAG